UCCAGAAUGAGUUGUAGACGCCCUCCAUUGCAUACCUGUGGAGCUGCUUUCAUGGAAAUAGCUGACAAAGCCUACACAAAUGCCCAACAUCUCAAUGGACCAUUAGGUUCAGUGACAAAAAAAAUUGCCAGAUUAGCCUCACCAGCCUGCCCCCUUGUCUAUGCCUUGCAAUAUUAUCUACUGAUAAUCUUCUCCUUCUUAGAUGAUAGGAUAUUUGCCCUGGAAUCCGUGGCUGAGGCCAUUUUUCCUCCAUCAAGAUUUGCAUUUGACAAGAUUGAUGAACUUGUCCAUGUAGCAGAAAUCCUUCCAGGGAAGUUCGAUGAAGCAAUAAACAAUUUUCCCACAGUGAUCCAUCAAAUUCCAUUGGUAGACUGGGUCUUGCUCCUUGCCAUUUCCUGCCUGAAUUUCUUCGUCUCUAGAUUGACAGAAUGGGGAAAUGCCCAGGAAAAGGAGAUUGUGAUGGAUAUGAACAGUAACGAGAGAAGCAAUGAAUCAGCGGUUGUUCAUGAGGAAUCAGCUCAAAAAACAGAAUCCCAAAGCCUUGAUCGUAAUGAAAUUAAGGAUGUGGCAAGAGCUAGAGAAGGAUACACUUACAAGGAUGCACUAGAGAAGCAAGCAAAAGUAACAAAAGGCACAUACAAGGAUGCACUAGAGAAGGGAACUAAGAAAGAAGAAAAUGGACAAUGGGGAAAAGACACUAGAGAUUUUGGUGGUGGCAAGGAAGAAAACUGGGAAGGAAGAAAAAAGAAGAGAACAGAAAAGAAAAAAGACCGUGCAAAGGUGGAGAAACAGAGGAAGGAAGCUACCCGGGAAGCUAAGAAAGGAGGAAAAAAGAAUGACAUGAGAAAACAGGAAGAGAGUGCAGAUAAGGAGACUGAAAAAUCCAGUGAUGAUAAGGGUGAUCAGAUUUUAGAGCCUGAAUCAUCUUGGCUCAUGAAACUAGGAAAAUAUGGUAAACAAAGCUCUUUCUCACGUUCUGCUUCAUUUAAAUGGUGAAGGAAGCAAUUUUCUGUGAAAAUUUUCUGACAAGUUCAUCAAAGAAUCAAUGUUGAUGCAAAGUUAAUUUAAGGAUUAAUCUUGUAGAUACUUCAGGACAAUUUUUUCUAAUGUAAAAAACUGUAAUCGGUAGGUUCUGCUUUAAUGUACAUUAUUAGUUUAUCAUAUUAUAAGCUGCAUGAUGUGCAUGCAGAAACUAUAUAUUAUUUGUUCUGAUAAUUGCUUCACUAGCAGCAAA